GCCAACGCACCUACUGUGUAGCCUACGCGGGGUUACACCCCGAUGACGGAAGUGAAAGCUGGCAAAGUUAACACAAUUUUAGAGAUUUUGUUCGACGGACGAAAUGGACAGUCGUUGUUGGACUUAAAACACUGAUAUUUUGGAAUAACCUAUUUUGUGGUCAAGAGAGACUCUCCCACUGCUGCUGGUAUGAGUGACUCUCAGGAGAGAGAGGAGGCAGCAGGUCCCAGUGAGACACUCAGACCAGAGUCUGCAGCACAAGGCUUUAGGACCAUGAAGAAUGCUAAAGACAUGGCUGAUCCUGGGUCACCAACACACUCUGGUGGAGGAUCAGAGGCACACAAACCUCCAUCUCCAGUGCCCAGCUAUGUGUCUAUGAAGAGUGAUGUGUCCAUACCUCAACUGCCAGACUUCAGCAGUGAACCACCACACUCCCAACCCAUAUCAGAGACACACAGACCUCCAUCUCCAGUGCCCAGCUGUGUGUCCAUGAAGAGUGAUGUGUCCAUACCUCAACCGCCAGACUUCAGCAGUGAACCACCACACUCCCAACCCAUUGAGUUGACAGCUGAUCAGUUGAUGGGUGGAGUGCAUGAACAGGUACCGAGUGACACCAUCACCUGUGAACACAACAUCAACAAGAGCACAGAUAAUGAGGUCCUGAGUAGAGUUAAAGAGAACCAUAAAGCCUGUCUGAAGAAGAGGUUUGAGAACAUAUCUGAAGGCAUCAUCAAACCAGGAGCUGAGAUACUCCUCAAUGAGAUCUACACAGAGCUCUACAUCACAGAGGGAGAGAGUGAAGGUGUGAAUAAGGAACAUGAGGUUUGGCAGGUAGAGUCAGCAUCCAGAGCACAAACCACAGAAGAGACACCAAUCAACUGCAAUAACAUCUUCAAGCCCUUACCUGGACAGGAGAAGCACAUCAGAACUGUAAUGACCAAAGGUGUUGCUGGUAUUGGAAAAACAGUGUCAGUGCAGAAGUUCAUUCUUGAUUGGACAGAUGGGCUAGCUAAUCAGGAUGUAGACUUUAUGUUCCCCCUUCCUUUCCGUGAGCUGAAUUUGGUCAGGGGUGAACAGUAUAACCUUCACAAGCUCCUACUUGACUUCCACCCUGAACUGAUGGAGCUGAAUGAUGGUGAAGGAUACAAAGACUGUCGGGUUGUGUUCAUCUUUGAUGGUUUGGAUGAAAGUCGGUUGACUCUGGAUCUGGAACAGAACAGCAAGUUGUCUUCUGUGAAACAAACAUCAUCAGUGGAUCUUCUGAUUACAAGACUCAUUCAGGGAACGCUGCUUCCUUCUGCACUCAUCUGGAUAACCUCACGACCAGCAGCAGCCGGUCAGAUUCCAGCUCAGUAUAUUGACCGGGUUACUGAAGUACGAGGAUUCAAUGACCCACAGAAGGAAGAGUACUUCAGGAAGAAAAUCAGUGAUGAGAGUCAGGCCAACAGAAUCAUCUCACACAUUAAGGCAUCCAGGAGUCUCCACAUCUUGUGCCACAUUCCAGUCUUCUGCUGGAUUGCAGCCACUGUGCUACAACAGAUGCUGGAACAGGACAACACACAGGAAAUCCCCAAAACUCUGACUGAAAUGUUCAUACACUUCUUGCUCAUCCAGAUCACUAGAAAGAAUCAGAAAUAUCAAGAAAGACAUGAAUCAGAUAAAAAAAACCUAUUGGAAUCACAGAAAGAAAUAAUUCUGAAGCUAGCAGAAAUGGCCUUUAGGAAUUUAGAGGAAGGCAAUCUGAUAUUUUAUGAGGAAGACUUGAUAGAGUGUAACAUUGAUGUCAAUGAAGUCUCAGUGUACUCUGGCAUGUGCACUGAGAUCUUCAAGGAGGACUCUGUGUUCCAACAGAAGAGAGUCUACUGUUUUGUGCAUCUGAGCAUUCAGGAGUUUCUGGCAGCACUUCAUGUAUUUGUAUCGUAUCUGAGGAACGAUCUAAAUACACUACAAUCCCUUUGUGGGGAUAGAUGGAUGAUAUCACUUAGUGAGCUUCUAAAGAUUGCAGUGGACAAAGCUUUGAACAGCAGGAAUGGGCACCUGGAUCUUUUCCUUCGCUUCCUCAUGGGGAUCUCUCUGGAGAGCAAUCAGAGACUUCUGCAAGGUCUACUGAACUACACAUACAACACAUCAAAUAACAUCAAUGACAUGUGUCAGUAUAUAAAAGAGCUCAACAGAGAAGAUGUCUCUCCUGACCGAUGCAUCAAUCUUUUCCACUGCCUGUUUGAAAUGAAUGAUCAUUCCAUGCACCAAGAAAUUAAAAGAUAUCUGGAGUCACCAAAGGAUUUCAAAGGCCAGUUGUCUCCUGCUCACUGUUCAGCACUGGCCCACAUGCUUCUGAUGUCUGAUGAGGUGUUGGGUGAGCUGAUUGACCUGAAGAAAUACAACACAUCAGAUGAGGGACGCAGGAGACUGAUACCAGCUGUGAGGUGCUUCAGAAAGGCACUACUAGUUGGCUGUAAACUCACAGAAAUGACCUGUGAGGUUUUAGCCUGUGUUCUACAGUCACCAAACUCCCUGAUAGAGCUGGACCUGAGUGACACUGACCUGAGAGAUUCUGGAGUUCAGCUUCUUUCUAAAGGACUGUCAAGUCCCCACUGUAAACUGCAGACAUUAAGGCUCUGUAAGUGUGGUUUCUCAAGUGAAGGAUAUGCUUGCCUGGCUCUGGCUCUGAUGUUAAACCCCUCCUGUGUGAAAGAGCUGGAUGUGAGCAACAAUCAUCCUGGAGAAUCAGCACAGAAGCUGUUAUCUGCUACACUGAAGGAUCCUCACUGCAAAGUUGGAGCCCUUACACUUGCUGGUUGUAAACUCACAUAUAAAUCCUGUGAGCUUGUGGCCUCAGUUCUACAGUCACCAAACUCCCUGUUACAGCUGGACCUGAGUGACAAUGACCUGGGAGAUUCUGGAGCUCAGCUUCUUUCUAAAGGACUGUCUGGUCCCCACUGCAGACUGCAGACAUUAAGCCUGCAGAACUGCAGCAUUGGAGAGGAAGGUUUCACAGCUCUUGCAUCAGCACUGAGAUCAAACCCCUCACACAUGAGAGAGCUGUGGCUGGGAGGGAGUAAAGCAACAGACUCAGGAGUGAAGCAUCUUUCUUCUCUUCUGGAGGAUCCCAACUGUAAACUGGAGAUACUAGACCUGCAGAACUGCAGCACUGGAGAGGAAGGAUUCACAGCUCUUGCAUCAGCACUGACAUCAAACCCCUCACACAUGGGAAGGUUGUUGCUGAGAGGGAGUAAAGCAACAGACUCAGGAGUGAAGCAUCUUUCUUCUCUUCUGGAGGAUCCCAACUGUAAACUGGUGAAACUAGACCUGCAGAGCUGCAGCAUUGGAGAGGAAGGUUUCACAGCUCUUGCAUUAGCACUGAGAUCAAACCCCUCACACAUGAGACAGAUUUUACUGAGAGGGAGUAAAGCAACAGACUCAGGAGUGAAGCAUCUUUCUUCUCUUCUGGAGGAUCCCAACUGUAAACUGGAGAUACUAGACCUGGUGAACUGCAGUAUAACAGAUGAAGGUUUCAGGAUUUUAGCAUCAGCACUGAGAUCAAACCCAUCAACCCUCAGAGAUCUCUAUCUGGGGGGGAAUCAGCCUGGACCCUCAGCACAGCAGCUGUUCUCUGAACUGAAGAAACAUCCACACUGUAAACAUAUAGAAAUGCAUGGAGAACUCAAGAAGCGGCAGUGUAAAGCUCUAUUUGACUUUGCACCUCGGUAUGAUGAUGAGCUGGAGUUAAAAGUUGGAGACGUCAUUGAGAUCACUGGAGAAGUGGGAGAGGGGUGGUGGAGUGGUGUGUUGAAUGGGAAGUUUGGUCUCUUCCCCUCUAACUAUGUGAAGGAAAUGGAGGAAAGCGAUGAUGCAGAUGCUGACAAUGGUAACACAGAAGCAGUUGAUGAAGUGUUUAAUCCAGAGCUGCCGAGUGUUUCACAUGGGUCUGAAGUCAUCAGGGAAGAUUCCUCAGAAAACACUGUUCUGGACCAAGAGGAUUUGGAUUCUGUGGACAAUCCUGACCGGAGGACAGAUGUGAGAGGACUGUCUGGAGAUAUGGCUGAGUUGGACAUUUCGGCUGGUGAAACUCAGUGUAUGUAUGACAGACGACCAAACUGCUGCAAAUCCUGUGAAGAUGUUGAAGACACUUCCCACUGGAUCCUGAUGGAACCCUCUGUUUCCAUGGAGACAGGAGUCCCAGUGUAUAAACACAGCUCUCCACCAGGAAGUUUUGAGUGCACAGCGUCUGGUUUGCGCUGGGUGUGUGCGGUUGAAGUCUCUCUAAAGUAUGACUUAAGUGACCCCCAUGUAUACGGAGCAGAGCUUGCCAUGUUGCAGUAUGAACCAAUUGGUCCCUUGAUGGACAUCAAAGUGCUCUCAGGUGAACUGUUGGAGGCUCAUCUGCCCCAUUUUGCCUGUCUGGAAGGUUCAGAUUCCUCUCUUAGAGAGGCUGUGAGAGUUCUGCAUGGAGUUGACAGCAGUGUAACCCUAGAGAAAUGUGAGCUGACCCGCUUCCACGCAAAGCUCCUCAAGCCCUCCUUCUCACUGACUGAACUCCUGGUGAAAUUUGGAAUCCCAAUGAAAGCCCAUCUGGACGUGUUAAUCUACCGGACCAGAGUGACACCCCUGGUUCUCCUCACAUAUGUCGUGCCGCGGGAUGCUUCCAUGAUUCAGGCUGUUGAAAAGGAUUUGUUGAGGACACAAAAUGCAAAGGCGAUCAUAACACAUCGACCUGAUAUGUCCAUUUGGAUGCACACAAAGUUUAGCUUGAAGUCAUCUGCCAGCCAUGCUAAAAGUUCCCCAUCAGAGAUCACCCUGAAAUACAUCAGACCUCCAGACUUAUUCCGGUUGGUCGUGGAUAAAGCAGAUGACUGUUUUGAUUUGGAGCUGAUCAGUGAAGGGCAGUCCAUAUGGAAAGCUACACUGGAAAGUUUUGAAUAUGGUGAAACUGGAGAUGUGACACCCAGUCAUGAAAUUCCCUCAGCAGCAUCCGGACGUUCCCGAAGCGUGAUCCCCAGAGAAGCGGCUCACACGAGCAGAGCUGCCAGGGCCGUAGAGGAAGAAGGGAACAUGGCCUCCAUGUCACACCAAGAUCGACUGUCCUGUAUUCGGCCUGAUCUCAUCAAGCGGACGUCAGAAGGUGUGCUGAAAGGUCUGGUUCUAGGGCUUGAAUCCCAUCAGCCUCCUGUGUUGAACAGUAUGGAGACACAAGUCAUCCUGCAGAGGACCAGCGUGCUGCAUGAGCAGGUGACCUCCCUCAUCGACAUGGUGCUGAAAAAGGGAGACACAGCGUGUGGCAUCAUGCUCUCCCUCCUUAAAGAACUGGACUAUUACUUUUAUCAAGACCUCAUCAAGAAAGGACAGAACCUUAAAGCACGGAACUGUGAAGACCUAUAGGAAGAAACCCUCCCAGGGCAGGCUAGGUUCUUCUACACAUAGUGUGAUGUACUUUAAUGACCAACUUUUUUUAACGUCGACCAAUUCAACGUCCAGUUCAGUGAGCAAGUAGCUCUGUUGAGAGAAACUCGAGGAGCGCUCAAAUUCGACAAGACCGUGUGCAGAGGGCUUGUCACUGUGACAGUAUGUGGUAGCCCAGAAGCCAUCUUGUCCAGGGCAGGCUAUAGGUUCUUCUACAGAUAGGGUGCCUCUCAUGCAGCGUUUAUACGUCCUCCCUCGCUCCUCGGGCCUCGAUCCUCACUGAUCUACAUAAAGAAAGAUAGAAGAAGGGAUAGACUAUCCCAUUGUUGUUCUUUAUGUAGAUCAGUGAUGUACUGUAAUGGCCCCUCACCCCCAAGGGCCACUGGAACUUGUAAUUACGUAAUUUCCCAGUGAAAUGAAGUGUCCCACAACAGCCCUGAUCUGGACUCUCCCUGUUCUCCAUCCCUUGACUUGGCGUGAACGGUUAUUCUAUUCUAUAUAGUCGUACUGUACGUAUUGCUGCACAGACAGUAUCCUAGUAACACUGUGCCUUUUGUACCUUAUUGUGCUGCAACUGUAACUGUUUUGUACCUUUGCUGUAACUUGAUUGUUGCAAGUGGCUUUGAACAAAAGUGUCAGUGAAAUGACUAAAUGUUAUAAAUAAUAGUGACUCCUGGUAGUGUUUUUCAUACGCCUAUAAACAAUGUGACAACGCCUUCCUGGUAGUGUUUUUAUACGACUAUAAGCAAUGUGACCAUGCCUUCCUGGUAGUGUUUUUCAUACGACUAUAGGCAAUGUGACCACACCUUCCUGGCUUCCUGGUAGUGUUUUUUAUGCGAUUGCCCUUCAGUUUGUUGUAAAUGCGCCCCCUGCAGGUGAGAGAGGGAAUGUCAUGACUCCACUGUACAGGUACAGAUGUGUACAUUACUAUAAACAAUGUGACCACACCUUCCUGGCUUCCUGGUAGUGUUUUUUUUUAUGCGAUUGCCCUUCAGUUUGUUGUAAAGGUGCCCCCUGCAGGUCGGAGAGGGAAUGUCAUGACACCACUGUACAGAUGUGUACAUUACAAUAUGACUGCUCAGGAAAAGAGAGCAAACUGGAGAUGUGAUUAAUGUAGUAGUAGACUAUUGAUGUAAAUAUGAUAAAUGCAGAUCAGUAACGUAUGGUGGAGUUGUGAUUAUUGGAUAUAUCACAGACGUGCCAGUGAGUGUGGUUUAUUCGUUUUGACAGUAAAACAUAUUUUUAAAUCCAUGAGAUGGUAAUGACUGCAGGUUUAGUGUGUUCUGCAGUUUGUUCCUGAUGACUGAGUGCUGUAAGAGCUGGUGUGGCCUGUGAACAGGUAUACAGAUGAAGAUGUAGGUCAUUUACCCAUCAAUGCUUUUGCAAUGAAAAUUAAAACAUGACU